GGAUAUGCUUACUACUGUGCGAUGUAUGUUGUCCAAGCUGGUUUCUCCAUUGUGGAGGACAGUAGUGGUGGAUGAAGAAGAAGGGAUUUUCCCUGGUGCAACAGGCAUGGAGGAUGUUCGCCAUCUGCGGGGCAGUGUGGUAACCCAGCUGUGCCUUGACCAUGGCUUGAUAGACGAUGCAAUCUACUUCACAAGUGGAGAGGUGUUGGGUGGCGUGUCUUUGAAGGAAGGGGACCUGGUGAACUGUAUAGCAUUAAGAGAUGGUGCCCAAAGGGGGUGGAAAGCUGUACGGGUGGAGAAGAGUGCAGAUGCUUGGGAGGAUGGAGGAAAAAACUCUCUUGAAAAUGACAGUAUGCAGCUGCGGCCUCUCAUUGGUACAGUCACAUCAUUUGAUAGAGAUGGUGGCUACAUAAACCAGACCACAUACUUCCCACGCUACAGUCUUUGGGAAGGUUAUGAGCCAAUGAAAGGAGACUGGGUCCAAGCCAAAUAUUUUAUCAAUCCAACCCAGUGGACCACCCAGGCUCAUUCUGUGGCCCCUUUACGCUACUGCCGCCUAGACCAGGUGCGUGUGACCAGCGUGUAUGGUAACAACGGUGUGGUAGAUGACAGUGUGUUCUUCUGCCUGGACUCUCUUCUGCUGCCUGCCCAAUACCAGCCAUUGCAGGGGCACCUGGUCAACCUGGUAAUGGUGGAGAGCAGUCAAUCCUUCUACAGUUGGAGGGCUCUGUGCAUGGCACCCUGCCUUCAGAGUUCAAGUAUUUCUGCUACACCUUUCUCGGAGGCCAAACUUCAGAGCCUUUUAGAAAACAAAGGUGGACUGGAAGUAACCGAGUUUGGCCAGUUUGGGGAACUGAUGAUCGGGGAGGAACAGCAAUUGGUGCUGUGGAUACAAAAUAAAGGUGCAGACACCCACAGGCUGAAGUGCUGCGACUUUGCUGGCUGGGACUCAAAAGAACAGUUUAUGCUAGUUCCUUUCAAAGGCUCCAAACCAGUGAAGCAGAAACAACAACCUUCACAAGAAAACUGCUCCGACUCUUCAGAAAACCCAAUCAGUGAUGAAAAAGAGGUGGAGAAAGAAAAUGGUGAGCCGCUGAAGGACACUAUCUAUUCUUCUGGCGUAAGGAGAGAUGAAAGAGAAGUGGAUGUUGCACCAGGAGAGAGGCUGUCUGUGGCUGUUGGCUGCCGAGCAAAGAGUCUGGGAAGCUGUGCUGAGCUUCUGUUGCUGCACUUUGCCUCUUUCACCAUCGGGAGGCGCCUGGAGGUCACAGUGGGCAGUGAAGAGGAGAGCCUGCUGCAGCCCUCUGAGCCUUACAGUCCUUCUGAUAUCCGUCUCGUCUCAACAAAACCUGCACAAGUGAUCACUGUAUUUGCUCCAAAAGACCCACCAAGGCUUACUAAGCGACGGCUGCCCAACUUCUUACCUAACUACCCAGUUCCCCAGGCUCUCAGAGACUGUGUGGAGGCACAGAAUGACGUGCUAAUAGCUCAGCCGUGCCUCGGAGAGGUGCUGUCACCGUCCAACAUGCAUUCACGUUUCUCAACCCUUCUCUGGCUGGAAGAGCUGCAUGCAGAAAGGGAACUCAAGGAAUUCUCAAUCAACGGGGCACUUCUCAAGAAAGGAGCGGUCUACCUGCACCUAGAGGUCCUGGGCUUGGCAGAAGGCAGACCCAGUCUCUAUAUUGGUGACAGAAUUGUACUGAAGAAACCACGGAGUGACGGUUUGGUCAUGGAGUAUGUUGGUUAUGUCACAGAGAUCAACAAUGAGGAUGUAAGUUUGAGAGUGAACUUAGACUUUCAGCGCAGCUACCUGGGCGAGCCACUUGAUGUUGAGUUUACUUUUAACAGAUUGACUGUAAGGCGAUGUCACAACGCACUUGACCAGACGAAACAGUUUGGAGAAAUUCUCUUCCCCUCCAGAGUGACUAUUCAGGCCCCUCAGUGGACAGGAAAGUGGAUGGAGGACAAAGAGACUCCAGCCGUGGAAAAUGGAGCGGUGUCGAAUUUAUCUCUGGGCAUGAAGUCAAAAAGCACACAGACCAAAGAUGGUAGACUGCCAUCUAAUCCCAUCCCCAGCAAAGGACAGUUCUUCAACACUUACCUGAACCCCCCUCAGAGAGAGGCAGUGAAAAGGAUCUUGGCAGGAGAGUGUCGACCCACUCCAUAUGUUCUGUUUGGACCUCCAGGCACGGGAAAGACCAUCACCCUCAUAGAGGCCAUACUACAGGUUAACCACUUUGUGCCCAGUAGUCGGGUACUCGUGUGUACUCCUUCCAACAGCGCUGCUGACCUCAUCUGUAUCCGUCUACAUGACAGUGGCUUCCUGCAUGCUGCGAGUUUGGCACGUGUCAACGCAUCCUGUAGGCAGGAGGAGUCCAUCCCUGAGGUGCUGAGACAGUAUUCCAGGGCUGGAGAAGACAUCCGUCACGCCUCGUUUCACAGGAUUGUGGUCAGCACCUGCUCCAGUGCUGGCAUGUUCCACAAUAUAGGACUACAAGUGGGUCAUUUCACCCAUGUGUUUUUGGAUGAAUCUGGCCAGGCUACAGAACCAGAGGCCCUGAUUCCCAUGAGUCUGGUGUCCGAGAGAGAUGGACAGAUAGUGUUGGCGGGAGACCCCUGUCAGUUGGGUCCAGUGGUGAAGUCCAAGCUGGCCACUGCUUUUGGCCUGGGUGUGUCUAUGUUGGAGAGGCUGAUGGCUAACCCGUUGUACUCCAGACACGACUGGGGAUACAACCCUAAUCUGGUGACGAAGCUGAUCUACAACUACCGUUCCCACCAGGCCUUGCUAACACUUCCCUCCAAGCUCUUCUACCAGGGCGAGCUGGUCGUUAAAGCUCCCAGAGUGGUAGUGGACGCCCUUUGCCAGUGGAAGACCCUGCCCAAUAAAGGCUUCCCACUCCUCUUCCAUGGAGUAAGGGGUACAGAAAUGAGGGAAGGUAACAACCCAUCAUGGUUUAACCCAGUGGAGGCUGUUCAGGUCAUGCUCUACUGCUGCCAGCUGGCAAAGAAGCUCUACAACCCGGUGAAUGCCUCUGACAUUGGCAUCAUUGCACCCUACAAGAAACAGUGUGAGAAGAUUCGAGUGCUGCUGGGUAAGGUGGGCUUGUCUGACAUCAAAGUCGGCUCUGUGGAGGAGUUCCAAGGACAAGAGUUCCUGGUCAUCGUCAUGUCUACGGUGCGCUCUAAUGAAUCAGUACAGAGUGAUAAUUUGCAGAAUGUGCUCGGCUUUCUGGCAAACCCAAAACGCUUCAACGUGGCCAUCACUCGCCCCAAAGCCCUGCUCUUAAUCAUUGGAAACCCCCACAUACUCAUCAGGGAUCCAUGCUUCAGAGCUCUGCUGCAAUACUGCUUCAUUAACGGGGCAUAUCUGGGCUGUGACCCCCCUCCCUCCCUCAGAGAAACUCCGAUUGUUUCAGAGGAGCAAAGGAGUGAAUAACGGGAUGAUGCAGUCCUGGCUGGUGUUACUCAGCUCCAUCCACACGACUGUCUGAUCAUGUUCUCAGUUGUUGUUUUUCCCCCUACACUUUCCUUAAUGUGUCUCUUUCUACAGUUUACAAAUGAAGCUGUAUUUGUCUUGAUCAGUGUUAAUUAAGGGUAUAAAAGGAGAAGCACAUUUCUUGUUUCUUUGAAAUCUAAGUGCUCAUGUAUAGAGGGGUGGAAAUAAAAAUGACUCUUGUGUAUACUGCA